CUGAUUGGCUGAUGAGUGUGCGCCUGCAGGGACAGAACUUAGGGGCUGUCUCGGCGGUGAGGACCACCGGGAUAAUUCUCUCAGUUCUGCCUGGCUCCCGCAAGAGCCCUGCGGGGAACCAGUGACCCCUCCGCUGUCUGUCCCUUCCGGCUUUUCAGGAUCCGAGUUCCUAGGCCCUUUGCUGGCCCUGCGGAACGGAAGUGGGCGGUCGUUGUCUGUGGUCCACACGGUGGGGACCGGGAUGGCUUUCGUGCAGAUCCGAGCGGCCAAACAGGGAGACUGCGGAGACAUCCUGAGGCUCAUUCGGGAACUGGCUGAGUACGAGAAACUCUCGGAUCAGGUGAAGAUCAGUGAAGAAGCCCUGAGAGCAGAUGGCUUUGGAGAGAAUCCUUUCUAUCACUGUUUAGUAGCAGAGAUUCUUCCAGCACCUGGCGAGCUACAGGGGCCCUGCAUUGUAGGCUACGGGCUAUACUACUUCAUCUACAGCACAUGGAAGGGUCGAAACAUUUAUCUGGAGGACAUCUAUGUGAUGCCAGAAUAUCGGGGUCAAGGGAUUGGUUCCAAAAUAAUCAAAAAGGUGGCUGAGGUGGCCCUGGAUCACGGUUGCUCCCAGUUCCGCCUGGCAGUUCUGGAGUGGAACAAGAGGGCCAUGGACCUGUACAAGACCCUAGGAGCCCAAGAUCUGACCCAAGCAGAGGGCUGGCGUGCCUUCCGUUUUGAAGGAGAGGCAAUGAGGAAGUUGGCAGGAAGGUGAUGCCAUUCCUUGGGGACCUCUCUCCACUGGAGCAUCUCUGCCCCCAUCUACUCAAGCACUAUCCAGAGACACUGACCCACAGGCCUCCUGGAGAAAGAUUUCUGCAGGACAGAAAGAGUAGAAUUGAGGGAGAGGCCUUACAGAGGGUGAAAAAUAAAUGAGAAUUAACUGUGUCUCCAUAUGGUUUUGUGUAGAAGAGGGUUUUGUUUGUUUUUCCCCUCUUUGUACUGGGGAUCAAACCCAGGGGUGCUCUACCAUUGAGCUAAAUCUCCCACCCUUUUUAAAAUUUGGGGGUCUUGGUACAUUGCCCAGGCUCGUUUCAAACUUGCCAUCCUCUUACCUCAGGCUCCAAAGUAGCCACUGUCCCCAGUCCCCAGCUAGCUAGAGGAGCUGAUAAGGUGAUAAGCUCUAACUACUUCAUGACCCUUUUUGGUUUUUAUUUUUGGGUUUUGUUUUGUUUUGUUGACAUGGUCUUGCUAUGUAGUUCAGGCUGGCCUUAAACUCAUGGUGAUCCUCCUGCUUCAGGCUCUUCAGGUGCUGAGAUUACAGCUGCACCACUAGGCCCGACCUCAGGAUCCUUCUUGUAUGUUCAGGUCAGGGGAUGGUGCUCUGAUGAAAGCUGGAAGAGCUAGGAAGCCAGAGGUAAGGGGGACCCAAAGUGACUUUGACUCUUAGGAGCCAGCAUCUUGGCUCUGGCCUGUGGAAUAUAGAAGAGUGAGGGGACAGGCGUGGCACAUGAAGUUGGUUGGUCAAGUUUGGAGCCCAAAGAUAAAAAAGACCUAGACUGAGCCGUGCCAGAUCCAAGACUAAGACAGGCGUGCAACUCAACAAAGGCACUAGGGUGCCCCCUGGUGUCAGCAUGUUGAGGGGCACUGGGAGGGACCACUUGCUCAAUCUUUAGCAAAUCAGCCCAACUAGCCGGUAUGGCACUAUUAGGGAGACCAUGGCAGGAGGUUGACUUGAAACUAAGAGUUCCUGGCCAGCCUGAGCAACAAAGCAAAACAAAGCAAAAA